AUGCCCUCCAACACUGAAGAGCAGCCUGCAGUUCAGAUACUGCUAGUGGCAGGAAUUGAUGAGUUUGUGCCCGAGAGCCAAGUGAAUACCAGUGUGCUGCUUUUGAAGCAUAGGGCGGUGAAAAAGAAAAAGAUUUUUGAAGACCACGAGAUCAUGGGAUGUGGUAGUUCUACAGUUAAUACUAAUUCACUGAAGAGGACAGUAAAAGAACAUCACUGCACAGCUGGGACAGCCAUUAAGGCUGCCAUUCUCAUUCAGAGGUGGUAUCGUCAAUACGUUGCCCGGUUGGAAGUUCGCAGGCGGUGCACGUGGAGUAUUUUUCAAUCCAUUGAAUAUGCAGGAGAGCAGGAUCAGAUCAAGCUCCACAACUUCUUCAGUUAUUUGAUGGAACACUUUACUCCAGCUUCUGGUAAUGAAUAUGAUCAUAUUUCCCACAUUUUCACUCAGACAGAUGAGUCAAGUACAGAAGUAGAACCGGAUAAUCACUCUGUCUACCAUAACAUUGAGAUUUCAGAAUCUUAUGUUGGACCCCAGCUCUGUUUCCCUCUCACUCCUGCACAUGUAACUACCUUACUGGAAGCCUUCAAAGACAAAAAACAGCUUCAUGCUCAAUACGUACUACAGCUUCUGAAUGAAACCAGGAAACAUCUGGAGCAUUUGCCAAAUAUCAACCAUGUUUCUACCUGUUAUAGUAAAGAGAUUACAAUUUGUGGUGAUUUACAUGGAAAAUUGGAUGACUUGUUUUUAAUAUUCUAUAAGAAUGGGCUUCCAUCACCAGAAAAGGUGUAUGUCUUUAACGGAGACUAUGUUGACAGAGGAAAACAUUCUGUUGAGAUUCUGCUGAUCUUGUUUGCAUUUCUACUUGUUUAUCCAAAGGGAGUCUAUCUAAACAGAGGAAACCAUGAAGAUUAUGUCAUCAAUUUAAGUAAGAAAUUACUUGGUCAAGUUGUCUCCAUUGUUGAAAAAGUGCCUGAACUGUAUAAAUUUUGUUUCUACAGCAGGUUUGUCCUGACCAUAUUUUCUGCUUCUAAUUAUUAUGAAGUUGGCAGUAACAGAGGAGCUUAUGUGAAGCUUGGUCCUGACCUUGUUCCUCAUUUUGUACAGUAUCAAGUUAGUCAAAGUACUCGGAAGUUAACCCUGAGACAAAGAGUGAGUAGAGUUGAAAGGUCAGCACUAGGAGCUCUGCGGAAGAAGAUUUUUGCCCAUAAAUCAGACCUGAUCAGUGCAUUUGAGUAUUAUGAUAAGAAUAAAACAGGUAAAAUUUCACUGAAUGACUGGGCAAAUGCUCUGGAGACGAUCUUAGCUCUGGGUCUGCCAUGGCGUGUUUUGCGAUCCCAACUUGUGCCCAACACUCCUAAAGGACUUCUGAAUUUUUACUCAUGGUUUGAUGAUCUUGCCAUAGAGAAGCCCAUUGCACAGCACAUACAACCCAGUUUGCUAGAAAUGCUUUACAGAAGCAGGUCUGACCUGGAAACCAUUUUUAGAAUUUUUGACAGUGACAACUCAGGUCUGAUAUCAUUUCAGGAAUUUCAAAAAACUUGUAAACUCCUCAGUUCUCACCUUAAGAUUGAUAUUAGUGAUAAAGCCAUUGGUGACCUAGCUCGCAGCAUGGACUUCAAUAAGGAUGGAAGUAUAGACAUUAACGAGUUCCUUGAGGCUUUCCGUCUGGUCGAUAAAUCCAAUUACUAAGAUGGAGAUGCUGGUUUGCUGAUAAUUCCACAAUUGAGCAUGAUGGAUUAAGCAAAGAAUAAAAAGGAAGAUAAUCUCCAAGUGAAGUUGUCAUGGUGACGGAUGGAUUUAU